AUGAGGUCCGGUCGCAGCCUCCUCCUCCUCCUCUUCCUCUUCUGGGGUGACUUUGACCUCUGCAGCCCUAGGCUUUUACUGAAGGACUCCUUUGAGGGCAACUGUGUCAUCUCCCCCAACCCUUACGAGCGAUGCGGGAAGCCUGUAGAUCGUUUUUUCUACAACAUCAGGUCCAGGAAUUGCGUGCGUUUCGUUGACUAUGGGUGCCCCAUGAAGGUCAACCGCUACAACACCCUGGAGGAAUGCCAGCACUACUGCGCACCAAAGAUGCAUCAAGGUUACUGCCCCGGGCGAGAAGACCAGGCCGUCUACAAGAAUCCCUGUGCUGGAGACCAUCAGUGCGGGUGGCAUGAGAAAUGCUGCAGGACGGUUACGGAUGGCCUUUGCCCCAAGAAGCGUAUUCCAUUGGUCCCCACCAUCUGCCCAAACCAGUGCAAUGAUGACCUCUCCUGCUCCUCUGGGAUGAAGUGCUGCUUUGACAAGUGUGGCCUGAACUGUGUGCCCCCUGAGAGACUCCACCAACACCAGGACCAGAAACAGAAACAGAAACAGGACCAGAACCAGGAUCAGAAGAAAGGAGACAAGAAGGGUUCCCAGGAGUCCAAGGGGAUGCACUGCCGCACAGACCAAGAUUGUCCGCAACGGAAGAAGUGCUGCAAUGGACUCUGCCAGCAGGAAUGCCAGCCACAAAAUAUCUGCCAUCUGCCCUCAGACACAGGGCCCUGCAGGGCGCUUACGCGUCGCUGGUUCUACGACAAGCACUCUGGGAGGUGCAGAGAGUUCAUCUAUGGAGGCUGCCAGGGGAAUGCAAACAAUUUUGAGGAUGUUGAAGAAUGCGAGCGCCGAUGUGGCCCUCCAGAUAACAAGCCUGGCACAUGCCCCAUCGUAGUUCAAGGCGAGGAGGUUGUUUGCGGCAAAUUGUGCUCCAGCGAUGCCAGCUGCCCGGGCCCUCAGCGCUGCUGCCCCACUUCCUGUGGGAAGAAAUGUGAAAUCCCGCAACAACAUCUCCCAGGAUACUGUCCACUGCUGAUUCUCCCACCCAGAAGGGGCGACGUUUGCUUCCCAAACUGCACCAGUGACUGGGACUGCAACCGCAUGGUGAAUCUUCCUUGGAAGAAGUGCUGCAGCUUUGCGGGCAGGCAGAUAUGCGUGCAUGGCGUGGAAGAACACCCUGGUGUGUGUCCCAGGAGGAUCGAAUUGCAGACCUUGCUUUCAUGCAACAACACCUGCAGGGAUGACCUGGACUGCUCCCUGACCGAGAAGUGCUGCUUCACCGGUUGCGGCCGAGGCUGCCUGCCCUCACUCCGCAGUGAGGUAUGCCAGUUACCUCUCGAACAGGGUAGCUGCAAACAACAGUUGCAGCGCUACUUCUAUGAUCCAGACAAGAAGAAAUGUGUCUCUUACCGUGUCUGCGAGGCCAGCCACAGAAACUUUGAGACCAAGGAGCUGUGUGAAAAGGCCUGUGGGAAAAUCAGCAAAGAGCAACAGCAGCAGCAGCAACAACAACAACAACAAAAACAACGCCCCAAAGAAUAAGUCCCUCCACGACAUCCCUGCGUGGAAGCGCAACCUUGGGAGCAGAUGCCUCCACCACGGCUGCCACGGCCACUGCCCCAGCUGCAUUCCUGUUUGAUCUUCCUGUCUU